CUUACUGACGAGUGACGACUGUGCCUACACCAUAGAUAACACCUACACACACGUUCGUCGUACGACCUAUAGAUAGUCACACGGUCAGUCGUCCGUGUCCGCCUUUACCAGUUUGCACGUAUCUGUGAUCUGUCGGCGUGUGUGGAAUUUACUUUUUACCGUUUUUUUUUUUUUUUUUUUUUUUUCAAAAAGGGCCAUUGUGUCGUCGGACCGGCCAUUGGGUAUGUCGUGAACGCGUACCUACUUACCACUCGAUGGGACGGAUCAGUCGUCGGAAGUUGGACAGAAGAAAUCAAGACACAUCGAGCUAUGUCCAUUAUAAACCUUCUGUAUGAUGCAAGAUAAUGACACGAAGGAUUCGGCCGAUUAUCACUAUGAAGCGACCGAAACGGUGAGGAACAUUUUGAAAAGGCAGCUGCUCACAGCCGAUUUGUUCCAACAGACAUUUUUGACUACCAUUCUCUCUGCUUUAGAUAAUCAUACCGUCAACAAUAAUAGCGUUAUCAAUACAUGGUUGGACACGCUGCUAGAUUUUAUUGAAUUUUUACCUGUUGACUGCUUACUAAGAGAGAUUUUACCAUUUGCCAUUGAACGAAGUGAUCUGUCCAAGCCUGAAUCAUUACGUUUAAUUAGUUGCAGGAUUUUUGGAUCUCUUGCCCCUAAACUAAACCCAUACAUUAUUAAACGUGAAAUAUGGCCAUGUAUUUUAUCACUUUGCCAAGAUGAAAGUGUUCUAGUAAGGAAAACUGUUUGCCAAGAGCUAAGUAAAGUGAGUGCAUUUCUUAAAGACAAUUCAGACAAUACAAAAGACUAUAUUUUGCUGCCAGCAAUUGUGGAUUUAGCUAAUAAUGCUGAUUAUGGUGUUAAAGUUGCUCUGCUCGAUGUUAUUGUUGACAUAAUACCAUGCUUUCCCAGGGAAAUAAUUGUCACCGUUGUGGUGCCAAUGGUUAAAAAACUAAUUGACAUAGAUUUUAAUAAAAGUAUUAUCCUAGUGAUAGCGGUUGCCAAGAAUUUUGGUGUCAUUUGUAAAGCUCUUAAAGUUGCUUUAUYCAAUCUUUAUGUUGUUUUUUUGGAUCAACUGGAUCAUACUUUUACUGACAAACCGUAUUUGACUAUUCAAAAACUCUGUGCUAUAAGUCUAACAGAAAUCAUACUUUUGUGUUCAUCUGACAAGGGUAGCACAACUUUAUUAAUUUAUCUUAUCAAUCACUUGGUUGAUUUGGUCUCUGAAGAUUAUGUGGAGAUAAGAAUUGCUUUGGUUGAUAUUAUUAAAGAAGUUUUGAUAUCAUUAAAUGAUAAAGUUGUAWUGAUUUCUUCAGUGUUAUUGAAAAUGUUGUCCGAGAGAGAUAUUAAAGUUUUAAAAGUAUUGAUUCCUAACUUAAGCUUUAUGAUUAUAAAAAUGAAAUAUCAAGAACAAGUUUUAAAAUCACUGAUGCUCUUAGAAGAAUUUUUAUUUGUCCAAUACAACUGGAGAUUGUAUGCAGAGUUUUUACACCAGAUAAUUGUUUUGCCUACAUGUUACACAUCUGACCAGGUCUUUUAUGUUGGAAAAGUUAUGCUUGAUAGAUUGGAAUGUGUUAGACAAAAACCAAUUAAAGAAGCUGUUUGCACAUUGCUUUUGACAAUUUUACGUUAUAAUUUAGAUGCAAAUCAAAGAACACUACUACGUGAACAUCUUAUUGAUCGUACAGUUCAAAAUCCAAAUUUUUAUAAAAGAUCAUUUUACAUAUUUAUAUGUCAAGAAGCCUUGAAUGUAUUUUCUACUGCAUAUUUUAAAAAACACUUUUUCUCUGCUUUACUUUCUUUGGCAGAUGAUAAGGUUGCAAAUAUUAGAUAUAGCUUAUGUAAUAUAAUAUCCAGCAUAAUAAAUAUAUUUAAAAUUUCGACUGAAAAACCUUUAGUUGAUAAAUUAAUUGAUACUAUCAACAAACUUUUAUAUGAUGAAGAUCGAACUGUCCAAGAACAACGUCCGCUUUUAGAAUAUUGUAAUACUACUAUUAAUCUCAUACUACAGCUUUUAGCUUUAGUCUUGGUUACAGUUUUGGAUAACAAAACACUUAGGCUUAAACAUUUAAACUAUCUAGUAGUAAUUGACAAUAAACAUUUCCAAAAAAAGGGUUUUAAGUUAUAA